CUUGCAGGAGGUGAAGUCACCAAGCCCAGAUUUGCUCAAUAUUUCCAUGGCAGCUUGGCAAGUCUUACUAUCCGGCCUGGCAAAAUUGAGAGUCAGAAAGUGAUUUCCUGUUUGCAAGCCUGCAAGGAAGGUCUGGAUAUUAAUUCUCUUGAGAGUCUUGGACAAGGAAUAAAGUAUCACUUCAACCCUUCCCAGUCAGUCCUUGUCAUGGAAGGAGAUGACAUUGAAAAUAUAAAUCAAGCUCUCCAAAAGGUCUCAUAUAUCAACUCCAGGCAGUUUCCUACCGCAGGUGUACGGCGUCUCAAAGUCUUGUCUAAAGUCCAAUGUUUUGGUGAAGAUGUCUGCAUUAGUAUCCCAGAUAUAGAUGCAUAUGUAAUGGUGUUUCAGGCCAAUGAGCCCAAGAUUACAGUAAGUGGGAUGGACCACUUUGCUAGACCAGCUGCACAGUUUGAAACUGAAAGAGGUGUUACUCUGUUACCUGAUAUCAGGAUUGUCAGCACAGUCACUAAAAUGGAGUAUCCAGUGGACCUAAAAGAAAAUGAUAAAGCAAACAAGCCAGUUGUAUUAGAGGAAAUGCUUCACAACCUGGAUUUCUGUGACAUUUUGGUCAUUGGCAUGGAACUAGAUCCCCAAAAAGAGUGUUUAGAACUAGAUCAUGAGGAGCUUCAAGGAAAACAUCUCGAUGCCACAAAUUCUACAGCAGGAUAUUCAAUCUACGGCGUGGACACCAUGCACAACUAUGAACAGGUUCUUCGGCAGAUUAGGUAUCGGAAUUGGUACACUUCUGCCACCUUUGACAGAAAGUUCAGGGUGAAGUGCUCAGAGCUAAAUGGGCGUUACACCAGCAAUGAAUUUAACCUGGAGGUUAAUAUUCUACACAGCUCCAGCUCCAACUUUAUGGACCAUGUAAAUCAUAUGAUGGUACAGCCACAAUUUCUCCAACCUGUCUACCACCCAGAGGGAAGCAUAAGCGCUUCUCACAGCCCAGUCAUUCCAAGUGUGGCUACUGUCGUUAUCAUAGUCUGUGUGAGCAUUCUCGUUUUCAUCAUAGCCUUGGGGGUCUACAGAAUUCGGACAGCUCAUCAGCACAGCUCCUCAGACAGUGAAGGAAGUAAAGAAAAUGAAAUGGACUGGGAUGAUUCUGCUUUGACUAUUACUGUCAAUCCCAUGGAGAAAUAUGAAAAGUCUCACCAGGCAGAAGAGGAGAGUGAGGAGGAGGAAGAGGUGGAAUAUGAUGAGGAAGACACAACCAGUGCUGAAUCAGAUGAAAGUGAAGAGGAGGAGGAGGAAGAAGAGGAGGAGGAGGAAGUGAUUGUCCGAAAGGGAGCUAAACAGAGUGUCACCAGGCAAGAGCAGUUGGAGUGGGAUGAUUCAACACUCCCAUACUAAAAGCCCUCCUGCCACACUGAUCCUUUUGUAAACACCAAUACAGUGUUUUUUUUCAGUCUUUGAAUUCAUUGACAGAAUUUGAACUUCUGCUUGCCUAUAACUGUUUUUGCCUAAAAUGAUUUUGUUGUAGUAAUUGGUAAUGAUAGAACUGAUCCUCUUCCUAAGUGUGAGUUACAAAGCCUGAAGAAAACACAGUACAAACAUAUUGACAUUACCAAUAAUAAAGUAAUCGGAACU